AUGAGUUCUUCGGGAAGAAGAAAAGGCAAGCCAGGCAAAGGCAGCGGGAAAGGGUCUUCCAGAGGAGGAAGAGGAGGCAGGAGUAACGCCAGUAAAUCUCAUGGCGGUGGCGGCGGCGGCAGCGGCGGCGGUGGCAAUAGGAAGGCCUCAAGUAGGACUUGGGAUGAUGGCGAUGACUUUUGUGUCUUCAGUGAAUCAGGGUCCUCAGCCAGACCUAGCAACAGUAACACAAGAAAAGGAGACACACGCCCCAAAUGGAAGCCCAAAGCCAAAGUGCCCUUACAGACUCUGCACAUGACUUCUGAGAAUCAAGAGAAAGUGAAAGCUCUUCUCCGAGACCUGCAAGAACAAGAUGCGGAUGCUGGAUCCGAAAGAAGCAUCUCCGGGGAGGAGGAAGACGAUGAGCCUGACUGUGAUGAUGCACAGUACUGGCUAGCUGGACAAGAAGCUUCCCUUGUUCCCGACUCCGAUCCUUUGGAUUAUGCUGGCUCAGGCGCAGUGGAGCCUUAUAAUCCCGAACUUACAGUCUCAACAGUUGCAGUGCAAAAACUUUCCAGGUAUGGUUUCAACCCCGAACGCUGUCAGGCAGCCCUGAGGGUUUGCGACGGAGACGUGGGGGCAUCACUAGAAUAUCUACUCAUCCAGUGUUUCUCCGAGACGUUUGGAGAGAGGAUGCGAAUCUCUGAGGCAGUUGCACGUAUGAGUGCAGAUGAGUGUGUGGAACCACGACAGGAAGAGGCAUUUGCUCUCAGGUCAAUCUGUGGAGAAAAAUUCGUGGAAAGAAUUCAGAACAGAGUUUGGACCAUUGGAUUGGAACUGGAGUAUUUGACAAGUAAAUUUCGCAAGUCCAAGCAAAAGGAAAGUACCAAAAAUAUACAGGAGACUUCAUUUGAUGUCUGUAAAUUUUACCUCAAAGGAAACUGUAAAUUUGGAUCAAAAUGCAAAUUCAAACAUGAAGUGCCCCCAAAUCAAAUUGUUGGAAGAGUAGAAAGAAAUGUAGAUGAUUCUCAUCUUACUGCUAAUGAAGAUAAGUCUUUUUUAUAUGAACUUGAAGUUCGAUUUUCUAAAAACCACAAAUACCCCUACGAGGCUCCCCUGGUGGCAUUUUAUUCCACCAAUGAGAAUCUACCUCUGGCUUGUCGUUUACAUAUUUCUGAGUUCCUUUAUGGCAAGGCCUUGACUUCUGCAGAAACUUCAGAACCUGUUGUAUAUUCUUUGAUUACCCUUUUAGAGGAAGAAUCAGAAAUAGUCAAUCUACUAACAAAUACCCAUCACAAGUACAGUGAUCCUCCAGUGAACUUUCUGCCAGUACCCUCUGGGGUCAGAAUAAAUAAUCCCUUCUGUCGUAAAUCAGUGAUUCCAAAUAAUUCCUUUGUUUCCAGUCGAGUUCCAGAAGUUGAAAAAGAAUCAGAACCUGAGGAGGAGACAGAUGAGGAUGAAGGUCCUGCACCAGUGGUAGUGGAGAAUGAAAGCUAUGUGAACCUUAAGAAAAAGAUUUCCAAAAGAUAUGACUGGCAGGCAAAAUCAGUACAUGCUGAAAAUACUAAAAUCUGCAAGCAGUUCCAAAUAAAACAGACCUCCAGACAGUUCCAGUCAAUUCUGCAGGAAAGACAGUCGCUGCCUGCUUGGGAAGAAAGAGAAACCAUUCUCACAUUGUUGAGCAAGCACCAAGUACUCGUUAUCAGUGGUAUGACUGGAUGUGGGAAAACCACACAGAUUCCACAGUUUAUACUGGAUGAUUCUCUGAGCGGACCGCCGGACAAGGUGGCUAACAUCAUCUGCACUCAGCCCCGACGAAUCUCCGCCAUCUCUGUCGCCGAGCGUGUUGCUAAAGAGCGAGCGGAAAGGGUGGGUCUGACUGUGGGAUACCAGAUCCGCCUGGAGAGUGUCAAGUCCUCAGCCACCAGACUGUUGUAUUGCACCACAGGAGUGCUGCUGAGGAGGCUGGAAGGGGACACGGCUCUGCAGGGAAUCACCCACAUCAUUGUUGAUGAAGUGCAUGAGAGGACAGAAGAAAGCGACUUCUUGCUGCUAGUUUUGAAAGACAUUGUGUUGCAGAGACCAACGCUCCAAGUUAUUCUGAUGAGUGCAACUUUAAAUGCUGAGCUCUUUUCAGAAUACUUCAGUUCCUGCCCAGUUAUUACUAUUCCAGGUCGGACCUUUCCUGUUGAUCAGUUUUUUCUGGAAGAUGCAAUUGCUGUGACAAGGUACGUGUUACCGGACGGGAGCCCAUACAGGCGCUCCAUGAAACAGAUGUCAAAGGAGAAACUUAAAGCGAGGCGCAGCAGAACUGCGUUUGAAGAGGUGGAGGAAGACCUGCGGCUUUCCCUUCACCUCCAGGAUCAGGAUUCUGUCAAAGAUGCAGUGCCGGAUCAGCAGUUAGAUUUUAAGCAGCUCCUGACCCGCUAUAGAGGGGUUAGCAAAUCAGUCAUCAAAACGAUGUCCAUGAUGGAUUUUGAAAAGGUUAACCUUGAAUUAAUAGAGGCCUUGUUAGGAUGGAUUGUGGAUGGAAAGCACUCCUACCCCCCAGGUGCUAUACUUGUAUUUUUACCGGGAUUGGCAGAAAUCAAAAUGCUUUAUGAACAGCUACAGUCUAAUCCUCUUUUCAACAACAGACGUAGUCAUCGGUGUGUUGUUCACCCACUUCAUUCAUCUUUGUCCAGUGAAGAGCAGCAAGCUGUGUUUAUAAAACCUCCUGAAGGUGUAACUAAGAUUAUAAUUUCCACCAACAUUGCUGAGACAUCCAUAACCAUUGAUGAUGUUGUCUAUGUCAUCGAUUCUGGGAAAAUGAAAGAAAAGAGAUAUGAUGCCAGCAAAGGGAUGGAAAGUUUAGAGGAUACCUUUGUCUCUCAAGCCAAUGCUCUGCAAAGAAAAGGUCGAGCUGGUCGUGUUGCAUCUGGGGUCUGCUUCCAUUUGUUCACUAGCCAUCACUUCAGUCACCAGCUUCUAAAGCAGCAGCUGCCAGAAAUACAAAGAGUGCCAUUGGAACAGCUCUGUCUAAGAAUUAAAAUUUUGGAAAUGUUUAGCACUCAUAAUCUCCAAUCGGUGUUCUCUCGGCUCAUUGAACCACCACACCCUGAUUCUCUUCGUGCCUCAAAAAUACGAUUACGAGACUUGGGAGCAUUAACUACAGAUGAAAAACUGACCCCCCUUGGGUAUCACUUAGCCUCUCUGCCUGUGGAUGUGAGAAUUGGCAAACUGAUGCUGUUUGGGUCUAUCUUCCGCUGUUUGGAUCCUGCUCUCACCAUCGCUGCCAGUUUGGCUUUUAAGUCUCCUUUUGUGUCUCCCUGGGAUAAAAAAGAGGAAGCUAACCAGAAAAAGUUAGAAUUUGCAUUCGCAAACAGUGAUUAUCUGGCCCUCCUACAAGCAUAUAAGGGGUGGCAGCUGAGUAUGAAAGAAGGUAUGCGAGCAAGUUAUAAUUAUUGCAGACAGAACUUCUUGUCGGGCAGAGUUCUCCAGGAAAUGGCCAGCCUCAAACGACAAUUUACUGAACUGCUAUCAGAUAUAGGCUUUGUGAAGGAGGGACUCAGAGCCAGAGAGAUUGAGAAAAGGGCCCUGGGAGGAGAUGGUAUCCUGGAAGCCACAGGAGAAGAGGCGAAUUCCAAUGCUGAGAACCCCAAGCUGAUAUCAGCAAUGCUGUGUGCUGCUCUGUAUCCAAACGUAGUGCAGGUGAAAAGCCCAGAAGGGAAGUUUCAGAAGACCAGCACUGGAGCUGUCAGAAUGCAGCCAAAAUCAGAUGAGCUGAAGUUUGUCACCAAGAAUGAUGGCUAUGUGCACAUUCAUCCUUCAUCAGUGAACUACCAGGUCAGAUACUUUGACAGCCCCUACCUGCUGUACCACGAGAAGAUCAAAACCAGCCGGGUGUUCAUCCGCGACUGCAGCAUGGUGUCUGUGUACCCGCUGGUCUUGUUCGGAGGAGGCCAAGUGAACGUGCAGCUGCAAAGGGGAGAGUUUGUCGUCUCCUUGGAUGAUGGUUGGAUUCGUUUUGCAGCUGCUUCCCAUCAGGUGGCUGAAUUAGUAAAGGAAUUGCGCUGCGAGCUUGACCAGCUCCUCCAGGACAAGAUCAAGAACCCGAGCAUCGACCUGUGCAUGUGCCCCCGAGGGUCCCGCAUCAUCAGCACCAUCGUGAAGCUCGUCACCACACAGUAG